AUGAACCCUACUACUACUACUGAUGUUGUUGAUGAAAGUAAAGAAUGUAUGGGUUCAUGGCUUACACUUUCACUCUCACAGCCACCAAUUUCCAGAAAGAAAGAAAUAAAAGAAGUUGAUCACUCUCAGAAGAUCAUAAACCCUGCUACAACUACCCCUGAUGUUGUUGAUGUAAAAGAAGAUAAAUUAAAUAAAUGGCUUACACUUUCACUCUCACAGCCAUUACCACCAUCACCACCUCGUCUAUUACCAUUUAAAUACACACAAUCAACACCCCCUACACAACUCCCUAUUAAUCUAAAAACAUUCUUUUAUUCCGAACUCAAAGAAAAACAACAAGAUCUUUCUCUUUGUCGUUCACCUCCUACCACUACAAGAACUACUACUACUACCACCAACAAGGUUCAAGGCAACUCCAUUGGACGUCCACAAAUCCAACCGAGUCACCCCAAGACGAAGGACAAAACAAAGAGUGCAAUAAUAACACCUCCAUACCCAUGGGCAACUUCAAAACGGGCCACCAUUCACACAUUUCGCCACUUGAUAUAUGAACUUAAAAUCAAAACUAUCAGUGGGACACUUCAAUGCAAAUUCUGUAUGUUUUUACAAACACACGUUGAAUAUGAUUUGGCUAAAAAGUUCCAGAAAGUGGCAAGGUUUAUUAAGGAGAAAAGGGACGAGAUGAAUGAGCGUGCACCCAAUGAAUGGAUGAGUCCUAUGACACCAAAAUGUGAAAGUUGCGGAAAAGAAAGAGCAAUGAAGCCAUUCAUUACAAAGAAGAGAAACAUUAAUUGGUUGUUCUUAUUUUUGGGUGAGAUGAUAGGUUGCUGCAAAUAUGAAUAUUUGCAGUAUUUCUGCAAACACACAGAUAAUCAUAAAACUGAUUCCAAGGAUCGAUUGCUAUCUCUAAUGCUUAAUAAUGGUAGUUCAUUUUUUCUAUACUACCUGUGUUAG